GAAAAACAUAUACACAAUUCAUUAUCAAACAAAUAAUUUGUCAUUCGAAAAUAAAGUUUUUCCAAUUUGAUAUUAAAUUAGUUUUGUGCGUCUUGAUUUUUUAACGAGAUGACUUCAAUGUUCGACCAGUAUGAUACAGCACAAAAAAGAGAGCAAGUGCCUGUUAGUCAAAUGGUAAAUGCGACACCAACCAGUUCGGGUUUUGUUAGUCUUCGAACAAAAGAAGAAACACCCAUUUUUUCAAAGCGAAAAUUACCCAUCAAUCUUCCGCAUGACAUUCUAUUCACACGAGUUUGCAACAAUUGGCUGGUCGUUUUGAUGUCGCACAAUGUUCUUUUGCGAUUGUAUUUACAACAAACAGAUCGACAGGAUGAGGUUUUUCUUGAGAAGCAUUUGACCGGCUUACGUGUGUCGAAUAUUUUCCUGGAUCCAACUGGAAAUCAUUUGCUCAUCGCUUUGGCUACAAAAUGUCCGGGUUUUGUGCCCGAGCUCUUAUAUCUACAUCGUAAAAGUAAUAAACCAAAGAAAAUCGAAAAGUUUCGUGAUCACGAAAUUACGGCCGUUGCUUUUAAUCACAAUAAUCAAUCGGAAGCAUCAACCGGUUCGAUAUUGAUUGGCACCAGCAAAGGAAUGAUUUUUGAAACGGAAUUCGGUAUCGAAGGUGAAAAGAUGUUUCAAAGCAAUUGGAAACAAAUACCAAAUUAUCUACCAAUUUAUGGAAAUCAUGAAAUCGAUGGUUUGGUUUUUGACAUUGGAAAAGGUGAACACUGUCCAAUAACCGGGAUCGAAUUUUAUAAAGUGCCCAAUACAAGCAGAUACAUUGUUUUAGCAUCUACCCUUAAUCGACUUUAUAAGUUUCAUGAAAAUCUUCGGGUUGAUGAGAAACCACCAUAUUUACAGCAUAUUUUUCAAUCGUACUUGAAUGUGCCUGAAGAUAUAAAAGACUUUCAUCAAAUCAAUAACAAAUUGAAAUAUUCAAAACUUCGUGUUAACUACGAUAAAACGGCAAAAUUUCCGAAAAGUUUCGGUUGGUUAACCGACAUUGGAAUAUACACAGGCGAGAUCGACCAACAAGCCGAAUCACCGCAGUUUAUUUUAACCAAUGAAGUGAUUCCGUACCCCGAAACUCCAGCUGAAGAGUCUAUUGAAGUGCAUAGUUCAUCGUAUACAUCGACGACCAAAAAGCAGGUGUAUCCCAUUUCGUUUAUUCAAACGGAUUUCCAUGUGCUAUUAUUGUAUUCAGAUCACGUCACCGCUGUGUCAUUGUUAAACUAUCAAAUCGUCUACGAAGAAUAUUUUGCCGAACAACUUGGUAAAUUUGUUGACGUAACCAGAGACAUAACAUCGAAUGCGAUUUUCGCGAGCACCGGUCGGAACAUAUUUCGAUUCAAGGUAACAAAUGAGCAUCGUCACGUGUGGAUUUUGUAUUUGGAAAAGAAUGAAUUCGAAAUGGCAAAAUUGUAUUGUCAUGACAAUGCCGCCCAAUUGGAUAUGGUGCUUGUGAAACAGGCCGAAUUGAAAUUCAGUCAAAAAGAUUAUAUGGCCAGUGCACGAAUUUACUCGGAAACUCAGACUAGUUUUGAGGAUGUUUGUUUGAAAUUCAUGGAGAUAAAUGAGUACGAGGCAUUGCUUGUUUUCCUGAAAAAUCGCCUGGACAAAUUAGAUGUACAGGAUAAGACACAGAUCUCGAUGCUUGUGGUAUGGAUAGUUGAAUUGUAUUUAACACAAAUGGCACGGUGUUCGGUCAUCGAACAACAGGCAAAAAUACGGAAAUAUCAAAUGGAAUUUGAUGCUUUUAUGAAAACAGCCAAAGUCGUCGAAUGCGUUAGAAAUAAUCGCACUGUCAUUUACGACUUAAUGGCUUCUCAUGGCGAUAAUUUCAAUUUGAACACAUUGACCGCGGUGAACAAAGAUUUCGAAUCGGUUUUGGAUCAAUAUAUCAAUCAAGGAAAGUUCAAGGAUGCCGUCUCCGUUUUAAAUCGACAGACCAAACCCGAAUUAUUUUACAAGUACUGUCCAAUGUUGAUGGAGGAAAUUCCGAGAGAAACCAUUGACGUUAUCAUUGGUCAGGGGAGACGACUAAAUCCAAUCGAACUACUGCCGACCCUUAUUUGUCAAGAUACCGAAUCACAGCGCAACGAAACCAUUCGAUAUCUGGAUUUUUGUACAGUGUCAUUGGGUUGCACCGAUCAAGCGAUUCACAAUUUUUUGGUGAAACUUUAUACUCAACAUAAAAGUGGAAAACUUAUGACUUAUUUUGAAUUGCAAGGAAAGGAUAUUUCAUUGGUACACUAUGACGUUCAUUAUGCACUAAGAGUUUGUGCUGAACAUAAUGCAAUUCGAGCGUGUGUAUUUCUGCAGUGUUUGCUUGAAUUAUGGCAUCCAGCGGUCGAAUUGGCCUUGACAUUCGACACAAAGUUGGCACAACAAACUGCUUCGCAGCCUAGUGACCGUGAACUUCAGCGUAAACUCUGGUUGCUCAUCGCUGAACAUGAAAUCAAAGGAAAAAAUGAUGUCAAACAAGCACUUGAUUUACUCAAAGAAUGUGAUUUACUACGAAUUGAAGAUUUGCUACCAUUUUUCGAUGAUUUUCAAAAAAUCGAUCAUUUUAAAGAAGUCAUUUGCGAUGCACUCAAGGAAUACAAUGCAAAAAUCCAAGAGCAACGCAUCGACAUGGAAGAAUCGGCCAAAUCGGCCGAACGUGUACGAAAUGAAUUGCAAACAUUCCGAAAUCGUUCGAUUGUUAUCGAUGGACAAGAGUUGUGCGCCAUUUGUUCGGGAUAUUUACAGGUGAAACCGUUUUUCAUAUUCCCAUGUGGUCACAAAUUUCAUCACGACUGUUUGGAGCAUCAAAUUAUGGAGCAUUUGAGCAACGAUAACAUUUUCCGUUUGUCAAAGUUAAAACAACAAUUGCAAACAUUGAGUUUGAACAUUCCAGUGACAGGUCAAGCAGACGCCAAUCCCUCACAACGUGAUAACAUUAAAAACGAAAUCGAAACCAUUUUGGCGGCUGAAUGUUUCUUCUGCGGGGAACACAUGAUCAAUCAAAUUGACAAACCUUUUAUCGAAGACUGGGAUCGCGUGAAUCUCGACUGGCAAUAAACCCAUGGAAAUAAAUUCAAAACAGAACAAAAUCCAAAAAUAUGCGUUUUUAACGCUCUUUGUAUUACCCUAUGCAUAAAAAUAAAAAAAUAAAAAAACCAUUAAUCAAAAUAAUAGCUCU